UAUGGACAGUCCCGAGGCACCCUCUAGAAUUAUGGACAGUCCCGAGGCACCCUCUAGAAUUAUGGACAGUCCGAGGCACCCUCUAGAAUUAUGGACAGUCCCGAGGCACCCUCUAGAAUUAUGGACAGUCCCGAGGCUCCCUCUAAAAUUAUGGACAGUCCCGAGGCUCCCUCUAAAAUUAUGGACAGUCCCGAGGCUCCCUCUAAAAUUAUGGACAGUCCCGAGGCUCCCUCUAAAAUUAUGGACAGUCCCGAGGCUCCCUCUAAAAUUAUGGACAGUCCCGAGGCUCCCUCUAAAAUUAUGGACAGUCCCGAGGCACCCUCUAGAAUUAUGGACAGUCCCGAGGCACCCCAUUCUAAAAUUAUUCCAGUGUUUCUCCUCUUUAUCAGUA